AUGGAGAAGGACGUUGCAUACACCGGUGCCACGCAGUUCGUUUGGCGGAAUGUGCUGAUUCCCGCAGAGUGCUUAGCUAGGUGUCGAAAUGACGCUCGCUGCCGGGUUUGGGUUCUUGACACCCAGUCGUACGAGUGUAGCCUCAAAUGGGUGGAGCCGAACGAGCGCGUCCAGAAGGUUUCGAAACCAGGGAGCGUGAGCGGCCUGCCGUUUCAGUGGAACAAGCCACAUACCAUCUUCUGCUAUGCAGUCAUGCGCCCUGGCACCUACGAGCAAGGUUUGCUGUCCUGGCAGUACCAGAACAAGGCCAAUAUCUUCGCAUGCGAUGAGUGGGCUGUUUACAGCAGCCAGAAGGUUCAGGUGGUGGAGGGUGCUCUGGAGUCUGCAGUGGUCGACUCCGACCUCAAGUGCGAAAUGGGUGGAGAGUUCGGCACGGCCCUGAACACGGAAAUCUUCUUCAAGGUGUGGGACAAGGUCUACGAGGACAAGCGCUACCUCUUCCACGAAUGGAUUGUCAAGGUCGAUCCAGAUUCUGCUUUCUUUGUGGACCGCCUGCGUGUGACGGUUGCCUACUACCACGACAUCAAGGGCGGCAUCUACUUUAACAACUGCAAGUUCGGCAUGCACGGGCCCAUCGAAGUCUUCUCACAGAAUGCCGUGGAAGCCUGGCGAAAAGGUCGCCACCACUGCGUGCAGCACUUCAACAGGCUCUGCUCUGGACCCUGCCUUUGGGGCGAGGACAUGUUCAUUGACCAGUGCCUGAUGAAG